AUGGCAGGUUCGUCUGAAACAACAUCAUUUGCUGACCAAUCAACCUCUGUGGUCAUGCUGAAUGUGAAACCUAGUCAAAAUUUGAUCCUCGAUCUCACUGCCUCAUGCUACAAUGAAUCAUUACGGUCGAUAAUUGAGUGCUUGCAUUUCUCGCCACUGGAUCAAGCCUUGACCAUGGUAGAAUCCAUUUCUCUCAUCCAUCUUUCAAAGGCGUUCUCCACUCUAUCUUAUGUUCUUGCUGAUGAUGUGAUUAAUUUUGAGAUUGACUCUAAAAAAUCCUCCAUUAAUAAGGCUCGAUUCUGCAGAAUGCUAGGGUUUGGUACGUCUGAGGGCCCGGUUGAUCCUGCUUUGAUUUCUUCGUUUGGUCUCAUUCACAUGUUUUACCAAAUGGGCUAUAACAAUGAUAUUUUUUUUUCUUAUACAAGUUCAAGAAUUCCAACCUUCCUCCUGUGUGGAAUGGUUUUUUCACCUUGUUGUUCAAGAGCUUCUUUGAACGUGGUGUCGGCUCCGACAACACAAGUAUGCUCUUUACUACCAUCAUUUACGGUUUGUAUCAUGACAUCAACUUGGAUUACAGUUUUAUUCUCUGGGCACAACUUAUUUAAAGCACAUCUUCUACCACUCAUAUUACUGAAAUUUCCUAUGCUCGGUUUUGGUCCAUUAUCAUCAAAAGAGCCAUGGUUCACUUUGACGUUUCUUUUGUUGGUGAUGUUGUUGUUGAUGCGAUUUCGAUCCUACAUAUUUCAACAUUUAUGUUGUCCGCUACAACUAAGUUCAAUUUCAUUGGAACAAUUCCAGAGGUCAUGCUUGCAAAGGUGCCUCAGGAUAAUGCUAUAG